GCGCGCAGGGAAGCGGACAAAGUUCUCGCGGCAACUUGUGGCAGCGCAGCAGCAGGAGUGGGAGCAGGCACCGCGCCGGAGCCCCGCGCCGCUCAGCCAGACCAGGCGGACUCUCAGCGCGGCGGCCGCAGGCACCGCGGGCUCGGCCCGCGCCGGGAGAGCUCUCCGCGCCCCGGCCUGAAGUAAGGCUCUGCUUUCCCCCGUUCCCGCUCCCUGCGCGGCCGGGAGGGUUUGGGGUGGCGGAGCGGGGCGCAAGCGGCGGCCGGGCGGCUUCUCGGCGCUGCCGCAGCUCCCGGCGCCACUCCGCGGACUCUGUUCUAUGAGUGCAAAGAUGGAGCCUACUUUCUACGAGGAUGCCCUGAACGCCAGCUUCGUGCCGCCGGAGAGCGGCGGGUAUGGAUAUAAUAACGCCAAAGUGCUGAAGCAGAACAUGACGCUGAACCUGUCCGACCCAUCCAGCAACCUGAAGCCGCACCUGAGAAACAAGAACGCCGACAUCCUCACCUCCCCGGACGUGGGACUCUUGAAACUAGCCUCGCCUGAACUGGAGCGGCUCAUUAUCCAGUCCAGCAAUGGGUUAAUCACCACCACGCCGACCCCGACGCAGUUCCUCUGCCCCAAAAAUGUCACCGACGAGCAAGAGGGGUUCGCGGAAGGCUUCGUGAGAGCGCUGGCGGAACUGCACAACCAGAACACUAUGCCCAGCGUGACCUCCGCUGCUCAACCUGUGAACAGCGGCAUGGCACCUGUGUCCUCCAUGGCCGGCAACAGUAGUUUCAACACGAAUUUGCACAGCGAGCCCCCGGUAUACGCCAAUCUCAGCAACUUCAACCCCAACACGCUCAACUCCGCACCUAAUUACAACGCGAACAACAUGGGCUACGCACCCCAGCAUCACAUAAACCCCCAGAUGCCGGUGCAGCAUCCCAGGCUGCAGGCUUUGAAAGAAGAGCCUCAGACUGUACCUGAAAUGCCAGGGGAAACUCCUCCCCUGUCCCCUAUUGACAUGGAGUCACAGGAGAGAAUCAAAGCCGAGAGAAAACGCAUGAGAAACAGAAUUGCAGCAUCCAAAUGCCGGAAAAGGAAGUUGGAAAGGAUUGCCAGGUUGGAAGAAAAAGUGAAAACUUUGAAAGCCCAGAACUCAGAGCUGGCAUCCACUGCCAACAUGCUCAGAGAACAGGUUGCACAGCUUAAGCAGAAGGUCAUGAACCAUGUCAACAGCGGGUGCCAGCUAAUGCUAACACAGCAGUUGCAGACGUUUUGAAGAGACUGUCUUAAAGGAGAACUGUGAGGUUGUGGUAUAACUAAAACAAACAAAA